GUAUACUGUAAAAUGAAGAUUUUGUUGUUGCUAUUGGGUCUGAUUUUGCAUAAUAUGUUGAGCACCAAUAUACACACUUUUUACUGAUUGUUUCUGCUAAUGGGAAAGAUGGGCAAUUUGAAAAGAGUGGCCGAUUGUAAAUGGGCCCGCGCAAUUUUGAUUUGAAAAUUGCCAUUAUGGGUGUGGGGUGGGAAAGAAUGUGUAAAUUGGAAAUGGGAGAGAGUGGGGAAAUUGCCAUGGGGAAAAUGGGUGGGGGGAAAGGGGCCAAGUUGGGCCAACCCCAAGGCGAUCGUGAUUUGAAAAUUGCCAUUAUGGAUGCGGGGAAGAAUGGCCAUUUAAAACAGUAAAAGAUCAUUCCAAGAAAGUUAACUUUGAUUUC